UCACAAAGAACUAUUUCCAGUUUUGAACUACACCAGUGAAAAUGAAGAACAAAAUUUUCAUUCUUCUGUUCAUUUUCAGUUUUUCUUCCAGCAGAUUUUUAAGUUUGGCUAUAUCAGAUAACAAAUACAGUGUACUGGCAAAGAUGUUUCAAGCAGUUAUGGAAGAUAUGCAAUUACAGGAUGACAGAAUAAAAGCAUUGGAAAACAACAGUGCCAACGUAAGAGAUGACGAGAUACAGAAGGCAAUAACUGACACAUCAACUAAAGGUAACCUACCAGACAACACCCAUGAAUAUCAAUCUAGGAACAGAGAUUUCAUAACACAAAUACAGAAGAAUGACAUACAAGACAAUAUUCAACAAGUCAAAGACUACUUAAUAUACAUGAGUAAAGGUUUAGCAGCUGAAAAAUCCAUGAGAGCAGAGAAUACAAACACUAUUGAAAGCCUUGUGGACCUGAACAAGGAAUCUUUGAACAAGUUACACCAAACCAUAGACAAUCAUGAAAUUGCAGUAGAAAACUCCUUCAAAGACCUUGAAACUGACUUGAAAGCAUAUGGCGAUAAAAUCACUUACAACACAGACCAAGUAAUCCAAAAUUUUACCAAGGAAUACAAAGAGGAAUUAGAUAAAACUGAAAGAGAAAACAAAGAGGGAAUAAAGAACAUUGCUGACGUUAUUGAAAACAUACAAAAAGAUAUAGAGCAAUUAAAGCUGUUAAAACCAUUACUGGUUAACAUGCUAAAUAAGAAUAUAGCUCUUGGAAAGAGUGCAUCUGAAAGUUCUUUCUAUGCAAAUAAAUAUAACAACGGUGCAAAUGCUGCGACUGAUGGUGUAACAAGUGGAAAUUGGAUCGACGGCUCUUGUACUCAUACAGAUGCAGAAAUGAAUCCAUGGUGGCAAGUGGACUUGCAAAGACCAUACUUCAUCAACAGGGUGGUGAUUAAAAAUCGGGCAGAUUGUUGCGGAGAAAACUUGCACAAUCUUGUGAUCAGUGUGCGUAAAGAACAAGGCAGCACUGAAGAAAUCUGCGGACAUUUUGAAGGGCCUAGUACUAACGGAGCCACAGAAACAAUCCAAUGUUAUAAUACUGUUUUUGGAAGAUACCUUAAAAUACAAAUGAAUGCAAAUUCUUUAAACUAUCUUACAUUAUGUGAAGUGGAAAUUUUUGCUAUAUGACUGCAUUAGCUCCAAAAAAUGGCACAAAAAUAAAACAAGAGGGUCAUGAUGACCCUGGAUCGCUCACCUGAGUAACAUGUUUCAAAUGUUAAACUGAUGAUUUUUAGAAAUUUUUUGGAAGAUUUUCCGAUGUACAAUCAAGUAACCCCUGCGGCUGGGCCAAUUUUACCCCGGGGGUCAAAGUUUGUAGAAGUCUACUAGGCAAUGCUACAUGUCAAAUAUCUAAGCUCUAGGGCUUCUGGUUUUUGAGAAGAAGAUUUUUUAAGAUUUUCCUAUGUAAAAUCAAGUGACCCCUGGGGCGGGGUCAAUUUUGACCCUGGGGUCAUGAUUUGAACAAACUUGGUAGAGGUCCACUAGGCAAUGCUUCACACAAAAUAUCUAAGCACUAGGGAUUCUGGUUUUUGAGAAGAAGAUUUUUAAAGUUUUUCCUUUUGGUUGCCAAGGCAACCAGAGUUCUGCAUGGAAUUCAAUUCUCUGAACAAUUUUUGUAGAGCUUCACCCAAGGAACAUUCCUCUGAAGUUUGGAUGAAAUUGGCCUAGCAGUUUAUGAGGAGAUGUUGUUUAAAGUAAAACUUUACGGACGCCGGACAGUGAGUGAUCAGAAUAGCUCACCCUGAGCUUUUGGCUCUGGUAAGCUAACAAAAACAACACAAAAGCAUCCCAUCCAUUUCUAAAGCCUAAUGUCUUCCCCUCAGCUUAUACAUGGAUAUCAACAAUUUCCAUUGUUAAAAAAAAAUCUAUAGUUUAAGCCCAUAUCAUGCUAUUCUUAGAAAUAUGGAUAUACAUUUCACAUUUAGGAAGUAGUUCAUGAAUUUAUAAUUACCUGACAGCUUGAAGAGGAAAUGAGAAUUUACAACUAACACAGUCAUUAUCGACCUCACCUUGACUUAUUCAUGAUAUUCAAUUUUUUCAAGAAUUACUGUCCAUCUCACAGUACUAGUAUGCAAACAAGGGAGAAUUUUUAGCUGAAAAGUUUUGGAUUUCUUGAAGGAUUCACCAAACCUGGCAUAGUGCAAUUUUAACUAUGAUUUUUCAAAGAGCUACACCCAUGUUCUUUAUUCUUUGGCUGAUUUGAAAAUUUUAGACCUUAAGCAAUUUUUACACAAUGCAAGUCUAUGGAAACACUUUAUCAUGUAGAAAAAGAAUCCUUUAAUGCAGAUUUAAUGAAACUUCUAAAAAUUGUCUAUUUAAUUAAUAGUUUCUAACCCAGGUUUAUUCUGGGUUAUCCAGAUAUUAAAUGGUGUCAUGACUUUAAGGUGUAACAAAUGUAGAACUACCUUAAAGUGUACUAAGUUACAGAUGCAAAAACAUCUUAUAUAAUACUGACUGAACUUUACAAAACUGCACAAGUAGAAUGACCGUUACUUCAGCAACUUAGCUUGAGUAUUCAAUUAAUCUUAAAGCCAGGUUUUUGCUAGAAAUUUGAAAGCAAAAAUUUAAGACAAUACAAAAUAAAUUUAGUUAUGAUAAUUGUAUAUACCUUUGCAAUUUU